CUACUCUGAAAAGAUCACCUUGGCUGCAGGAUGGAGAUGGCACUCUUUCAAUCAAGAGCAGCAUACAGUAGAUCUCAAUCUUGGCUGCACAUUAUCAUCACCUAGAGAGCUCUGACAAAUCCUGAUGCCCAGACCAUCCAUCUGAACUUUGGGGUGGGGCCCAGGAUAGUAAUGAUGACACUGAAGAUGUUGCACUGUUUGAUGCAGAAGAGGAAGCAGCUGCUAGACCCAGAAAAUCCAAAAUCAGACAUCCAGUGGCAUCAUUUUUCCAUUUAUUCUUUCGAGUCAGUGCAAUUGUAGUCUAUCUUCUCUGUGAAUUGUUGAGCAGCAGCUUUAUUGCCUGUAUGGUGACAAUUAUCUUGUUGUUGUCAUGUGACUUUUGGGCAGUCAAGAAUGUCACAGGUCGACUAAUGGUUGGCCUGCGUUGGUGGAAUCAUAUUGAUGAAGAUGGAAAAAGUCACUGGGUGUUCGAGUCCAGGAAGGCAUCCUCUCAAGAGAAUAAAGCUGUUUCAGAGGCUGAGUCGAGAAUCUUCUGGUUAGGGCUUGUUGCCUGCCCUGUGCUUUGGGUGAUAUUCGCCUUUAGUGCUCUCUUCUCCUUCAGAGUGAAGUGGUUGGCAGUGGUUACCAUGGGUGUGGUUUUACAAGGUGCCAACCUGUAUGGCUACAUCAGGUGCAAAGUGGGCAGCAGGAAGAAUCUGACCAGCAUGGCCACAUCAUAUCUGGGAAAGCAGUUCUUAAGACAAAACACUGGAGAUGAUCAGACCUCCUGAGGAGAGAGAAAGCCUAUGUGUUCUGUUACAUUGGGAGAAAUGAAGAGAUUCUUGACUCUGAACAUUUUAGAACUCAGUACAUGUUGCAGAGAGGAGUGUUGGGUUUGUUUGUUCAUUUUAAAAUUUACUUAAAAAAAAACAAAACAUGGUUUUCAUAUUAGGUUUUUAUUUCUAGCAUCGGGGGCUUGAAAAUAUGCUGCUAGAAGCAUUAUCAGAGGUGGGUUCACGGUGUGCAUGUGCGCGCACAGUCAUGUAAUGUCCAUGUAUUGCACUUGGUGAAAGUGUUUAUGUUCAUGUACAUAUGGAAUGAAGACCUUUGCAUUUUGAUCCGUAGAACGUAGAAGGAUGUUCUUAAUCUCAUUUCAAAACUCUUAUGUGUUUAUAUAUUAUUUCUGUAGAUUAUCUUCAGAAGUAAGUUUUGUUUCCAUGGUAAGGGUGAGUGCUUUGGCUUACGUAUAAGUUAGAAAUAAUUAUUAAUUUUACAACUUAAUAUAUACUCAUGGUGAAAUUUCUUAUCCUAGGCAUUCAUAGGCAGAUUAAAACCAAAUUUGAGUCAGUGGUGUGAACUAGUUUGUAAAAUUUUAUUUAUUUUUAUUUGUAACAAGUCAUGUAUUUUUGUCCCAAUUCAUAUAAAUGAAUCUUCACAGUUUGUGUGUAAGGGAUGCCUAGAGAUUGUUCUAGGCCGUUCUGUUCAUUUUUGAGGAAGGGUAGUCAGACUUUACUUGGAACUUCCUGGAAGAGCUUCAGUGGUAUUUGGCCUAAUGAAAUCUGUCUUUUACCACCAAAAGAGUAUUAUUCUUAUGUCAUGGUAAGAAUAAUCAUUUAAAUAUGUGGCAUAAUAAAUGUCUAAAAGACAUUUUAUUUUAUAAAUCUUUUUCUUCUUGCUGUAGUAGGGAUAUUAUGAAUCAUGCAUUUGUAUUAAUAUUUCUUAAAAAGCAAUAUAUGUAACAGUCUAGAAACUGUUAUAGAAUAUGUAAAUUCUCUUGUGGGUAUACUUAAACUUCCCUGGAGUCUUAAUCAACAGAUUAUUUUGUUAGUGUAUUUAUACAUUGUUAAAAAUUUGUAAAAGCUGUUUUGUUUAAUUGGAGUGAUAGCUUUGAAGGUGCAUAACUUUAUAUUUGUAUAAAACUCUACUGUUUACAAAGCA